CGUCGGAGCAGAAUCUAGAAGCAAGCGAUCAUCGAUUCCCAUUCGAUUUGGCGGUAGAGAAAGCAUAUGCGCAGCUACCACCGAGGUGGAACAAGAGACCACAUCCUUUGGGCCUUGCGGUAACGGAGCUGAAGGCGGCGCUAGCGCUGUUGAUACUGCAUCAUCACUCUCUGCUACUGAACAAGUUCACAGAGGAGGUUGGGGCUGCAGAAAUUUGAUUGGUACGGCUGUGCUUGGUUUUGGCGGGACUGGAAAGGUGGAGGAGCUGGUAGUGGGUUCCAGGAGCUCGUCCAUGGCGUCGUGGACCAAGUCAAGAGUUGGUGGGAGCCAUGUGACGGUCGUGGACAUGGAGGAUAAGGAGUUGGAGACACUUUUUGGACAGCUAUGGGAUAUUCCACAGCAUCUGGACAACCCUCCCCUGCGUGUGGCACCAUAUAUAAGCCCUCCACGCCCUAGGGUUCGGUAUUCCCCUCCACCGCCGCCAUUACCACCAGAGAGACCAGCACUAUGUUAUCUUGGGGUUGAGGAGGUAGAGAUUAUAGAUCUGGAGUCUGAGGAGGUGAUCAUGGCUGACAGAGGGCGUGGGGGAAGGAACAGAGGAAGAGGAUCUGGAGGGGGAAGAGGGGACAACUGGAAUCGGCAGUUCAACAACAACCAAUUUCAGCAAAGUACUCAGCAGCAACAGCAACCCUUCCAACAGAAUCAAGGUCCAUACCCUCAGUUCCCUCCACAGCCUUAUGGUUUUGCUCCUGGUGGUAUGCCUCCUCCCUGGGCUUUUCAAGGUCCCUAUCCUCAGUUCAAUCCACAACAGUAUGGGUUUCAGUCUAACCAAUGGAUUGCCCCAAGUAAUGAAGAGAUUCCACAAAAUUCUCAAGCUCAGGUGGAUGACAGUGUAGCUAAGGCAAAAGGUGGAAUGGCAAAGCAGAUGCAGAAGAAGAAAAAUGGUGGGGGUGGUGAAGUUCAGGUGAUUCCUAACCAGAUGUCCUAUGUGGACACCAUUUGCCUUGGUUGUGGAGAGCCUGGACACUUCAAGCAAUCAUGUGACAAGAAAGCUUUCUGCUUCAUAUGCAAAGCUACCAACCAUGGUGUUGAAGGCUGCCCUGUUGUCAAAAGACCUCCUCAAGUGGCAAAGUACAUAGGAAGUGCAGCUAAUGGCUUAGGUUUCUUCCAUAUUGAGAUUCCUGAGGUAGUUGUCAACCCUGUGACCACAACAAAAAACUGUGGGCUUGUACUGAUUGAGGAAGGCAACAUAACUAAAGCUGAGUUGGCCAAGGAGUUUGCAGGGAUUUACAGGACAAAUUGGCCAUGGCAAAUCAGAGAACUCACUCAAUGGUCAUACCUGGUGAAAUUUCCUCCUCAUCUGCCAGUGGACCAGGUGAUUGGGUAUCCUAGGUUUGGCCUAACAAAACCUGGAGUGUGGGUAAAAGUUGAGGCAUGGGAUGAUGAUCCAGAUCCUGUGGCAGUAAUGCAAGUGACAUGGAUGAAGAUACAUGGUCUACAACCACCAUGGUGUGAAUGGAAUGUGAUAGCCCAGGCUGUGUCUGUGUGUGGUAUCCUUGAAGAAAUAGAUUGGAUGAGUGUUUUUAAGGACUGUGCUGAGGUUGUAAGGGUGAAGAUUAAGUGCAGAGAUGCUACCAGGAUUCCUGCUGGCAGACUUUUCCAUUUCCAGGGUAAAUUCCAUCAGCUGUUGUUUGAGGUUGAGGGUGAACCUGCUAUAGGGGUGGCAGAGGAUCCACCUAUUCCACCACCUCCCCCUCCCUCUGAUGAAAAUGAUGAGCAGGGGAAUGAAGAACAGAAUAGUGAAAAGCAAGAUGGAAUGGAUACUGACAGAGGCAGUGCAGCAGGGAAUGCCUCUGCAAGUUCUGGGGUGGUUAAUCCUGGUUCAACUAGCUCUGGGUCUGUAGGGAGAAGGCUUGUUACUGAUGGUGGAGAGGUUAAGGAGUAUGUGAGUGGUGAAGAGGUUUAUGAGUUGCUUCUCAAAAAUGGUGAGGUUGAUGAGGAGGGCAGGUUCAUCUGGAGGAGUGGUCCUAGCAGGAUUAGUGAAGAGGUGAGUGAAGAAAUUCAGAACUUCCUUUUGGAGGAUCAAGAAAGUCUGGCAUGCAAACAUGGGGUUAAUCUGGACAGUAUGGAGAUGAGUGAUGGUGACAUGGAACUUGCUCUACCAGAAGACAUCUUGCCUAGCUUUGAGAAGACUGAUACAGAAGGAGUGAUGGACACUGACCAACAGAAGAAACCAAGGAAGAAGAAAGCCUAGGGUCCUGUUCAGGCUACAAGGCAGAGUUCCAGGGUGGACAGGUCUAUGAAUGUGAUGAAGAAGGCUAUUGAAUACAAGAAGAAGAACAACCUGGAGGAGCCAAACAAGAAGAUGAAAGGUAUGGAAUGUGAUCCUGUCUUACCUAAGGAAUUGGAAGGUUCCUUUCAAGGAUCAGACGUGGAAGGAAGUGGAUCUGUUCAUGGACCACUUGGUGAGAAAAAUCAAGGCUCCAUUGGAACUGACACAAAACUGAAGUGCUCGUCUUUCGACUGGAUUUCUUCCUGGGCUCCAGCAUCCAAGCUGUCACAUGGUGGGAGGGCCUCGCUGGAUUACCUGAAGAAACACCCGGAGGAAGAGGCUUCAGUGCAUGUGGUGCUGUAACGCCAAGGCAUGCAGUGUUGGGGGUAGGAUAUGGUUCCUUUGAUGAUGCUAUAACUAGGUGCUGUGUUGGUAGAAAGUGGUUUUAGCUUUUGUGGCUGAGCUUUUGAUCUGUGCGGGGCUGUAAGUUGGUUCAUCAGCUCCUGGUGGGAGAGAUGUCGGUGUGUUGCAAACUUGGUCCUGUUUUUAGGUGGUCAAACAGGGGUGUUUUGGGUGCGUUUUAUUUUGCUGUAACCUGAACAUUGGUUUCAUUUUGCAUGAAUGGAACCGGGGAGGUUGUCUCCCUGAGAAUCUAAA